AUGAACCUGCGUCCUGUGAUACAAAGGGCCCGGUCGGUCUUUCAUCGAAUGAAGAUUGACAGGGAUGAGGCUGCAUCUUCUUCAAUCGAGGUUGAGGGAAACACCGUAGAGCAAAGCAAGUCGGAUGGUCCUGCUCCUCAUCCUGAAGAGGCACUUCCAAACAACGGUGCAGAGCUCCCCGGUGUGCCCUUUGAAGAGCUUCAACACGGUAUUCAGGAAGUCGAGGCUGUGGCCCAAACCUGGUCCAAAGCAUCGUUGAUUUUCGUCUUCAUCAAUAUGUGGUUCCUUUACUUCACAUAUGCCUGGAUAUCGUCAAUUGAUGGUAGUUUGAGUACAUACGUUGCUAGCUCAUUCCAACAACAUUCAUUAUCGGCCCUUCCCACUGCCAUUGCUGAUGCUUUUUCCGCUGCAAUCUUCCUUCCAGUGGCGAAAAUGGUGGACACUUGGGGUCGAGCCGAAGGAUUCCUUGUGAUGUCCAUCUGCUCUACCGUUGGACUUAUUCUGAUGGCCUCUUGUAACAGUUUUGCUCUCUAUUGCGCGGCUAAUGUCUUUUACUACGUUGGGUUCGGAGGUAUGCAAUUCGCCAUCGAUGUUAUUACCGCCGAUUUGUCCCAGUUGAAGAACCGAGCCCUUGCAUACGCUUUCACGUCCUCUCCAUACAUCAUCACAGCCUUUGCUGGACCAAAGGUGGCCAAUCUAUUCCAAGAACACACAGGCUGGCGAUGGGCAUAUGGUACUUUCGCGAUCAUUUUCCCGGUUGUGGCUACCCCGCUGUUCUUUAUUUUGAAGUACAACUUGAAAAAGGCCAAGAAAGAAAAUAUCGUGGUGGUCAGAGAGAAGAGCGGUCGAAACUUCUUCCAGAGUAUCUGGUUUUGGACCCUUGAAUUUGAUUUGAUUGGAGUUUUCAUUUUCACUGCUGGUCUGAUCUUAUUCGAGCUUCCGUUCGACAUCGCUAGCGGGGCCCCCAAUGGCUGGGGCACUGAUUAUAUCAUUGCUAUGAUUGUAGUUGGAUUCUCUAUGCUCUUCUUCUUCGCUCUCUACGAGAGAUACAUCGCUCCCACGCCUUUGUUACCCUGGUCAUUCCUCACCAACCGAACUGUCGUCGGUGCUUGUCUUUUGGAUGCAACCUACCAGCUUUCAAACUACUGUUGGAAUAAUUACUUCUCCAACUUUCUUCAAGUGGUCAAUGAGCUGACCAUUGCCGAAGCUGGAUACAUCGUCAAUACAUUCGACGUGGUCUCCGGCGUACUAUUAUUCUUCGUUGGCUUUGUGAUUCGAAAGACAGGUCGCUUCAAGUGGCUGUUGUAUAUUUCCGUCCCUCUGUACAUCUUCGCCCAGGGAUUGAUGAUUUACUUCCGUCGCCCCGGACAAAACGUCGGUUACCAAGUGAUGUGUCAAAUUUUCAUCUCGAUUGGUGGAUCAAUCUUCAUCAUUGUCCAGCAGCUUGCUAUUCUCGCUGCCGUUGACCAUCAACACAUCGCCACAGCUCUUGCCUUGCUCAACGUCGUCGGCACGAUCGGAAAUUCUGCGGGUCUCACUAUCUCGAUGGCAAUCUGGAACAACACAUACAAGAAAGCUCUCACGUGGUAUCUACCAGAUUUGUCUGAUCUGGAUAUGAUUUACGAGGAUAUUGAGAAGCAAUUGAGCUAUCCCCCGGAACCGAGAUGA